AUGAAGAUUGCAAUUGUAUUUCUUAUUUAUUUUAUAAUUUGUGUUGUUUGUGAUUUCGACGAUUCUACUAAGAAACUACCAAAAAUAAAUAGAGGUGUACGAAUUUUUAAUCCUAAAAAAUUCUCUAAAAUUAAAUAUUUACAACGAGGAGUCGAAAGACGCGAUAAUAUAGAAACCAAGAAAACAUACACAGUAUUUUCACCAAUUUCCGUUGUGAAGGAGAAUGUUCCUGAUAGUCCAUAUUUUAACCCAGAAAUCAACGUGGGCGUGAAACCAAGAGUAAAGAAAAUCUUACACGAACACGACGCCCAUUUUAUUCAUAAACGAUCCGCUGACGCAAGAAAGAGAGGCAUUGCUCUUGACAUAGCUAACACAACAGUAGCCAAGGGAGCAAACGACCCAAAUCCAGCUAAAGCCAAAGACGUACAUCCAAAGAGACAAUCUAAAAUCCAUCCUAAAUCUGGUCAAAGAUCUCACAAACACCACAAGAGUCAUCACAGAUCGCAAAAAAGAAACAGGCAUGUAGAUAAACAUUCAAAAUCGGGAUUAAAACGCACCAAUAAGAGAAACAAAAAAAACGCAAGAAGUAAAGUUAGACAAAAUAAAAACGUGAGGCACGGCAAAGUCCGAAAUCGUCGCUUAAUUGCAAGUAGAGAUGCCAUGAUAGAAGAUUAUCCUUAUGUCGUUUCGAUCCAGAAAGCAAGAGAGCAUUGGUGCUCAGGCGCAUUGCUCAAUCCACGACUUGUGAUAACAACAGCCAAUUGUAUAUGGAAAUCAAACCGUGUGAGCAGACUUAAGGUCCGAGCUGGCUCCCGCUACAUAGACCGGGGAGGUCAGGUAGCCAGGAUUCAGGAAGUAAUGAAACAUCCCUAUUGGAGCAUCAGGAAAAACCCAGAUUACGACAUCGGCUUGUUGCUGCUAGACAGGAAUAUCAGGUUUUCAGAUAAAACACACGCGGUGGAUCUUCCAAAUAUUGCUAUGUACCCGCCUUUUGAAGACGCCUGGGUGACGAGUUGGGGCGCAGAAAGACGUGAUGGAGUAUUCGAGAACAAAGGCAUGGCUCUCCAAGUGUACCACGCUCGUUUGAUGGACAAAGACAAAUGCAACAAUGUAACACAGCGUUUCGGAGUGGCCGUAUCGAAUAAUUUCAUUUGCCUCUCGCAAAUGGGCAGAAGGGCGCCUUGUACUCGUGACACUGGAGCUCCAGCAGUAAGCGAUGGUAUACUCUGGGGGCUGGCUUCUUGGGGUCUCCGAAAGUUAUGCGGGACAGAACGGUAUCCCGCGAUGUUCUCCUACCUCGGAUCCAGGUCUAAUUUGGACUUUAUAACGAAUGCCACACACUACCUUAUGUCUGACAAACGACAUUAUGUGUUCAUGGAUAAAUUUGUGUUAAAUAAGGCUGAUACAACAGAAGCACCUACGACUAACCAUUUAGAAUAUUAA